AUGUCUACUCUGGCAGUCGACAUGCCCUUCGACUUCACCUUUCCGUCGGCAUCUAUUGAGCGACCCAGCCCUCCUCCCAUCAUGAGCUCAUUGCCCUUUGACCCUGCAAUCCUUGAGAUGGCCUACAGCCAUGCCGCUGGUCACAUCUCCGGUCAUUCGCGCUCCUCUUCCAAGGCCUCAAUCUACUCAACCGUCUCCGCCGAGUCCACUGCCGACUCACUCUGCUCUCGCCUUACCACUCCUCCUCGUGCCUCUCCUCCCGUCCGCCAUCAUGGACCCAUCCUCCUCCCCAAGAUCCGCUCUCAGGACCAGAACAUUGACGCCACUCCUUGCAACUACCGCAUGACCACCCCCCCGGCUCCCCGACCUUCUCGUCAUGUCCGCAGCUACACCAGCCCUGAUUCUCUCACUGGUCUCUCCUACCACUCUCCCGCUCCAGUUGCCAGCGUCCACCUGUCCUUCUCUAGUGAGCCCGAGGAGAUGCCCGGGUCUCUGCUUGCCUCUCCUGCCGCCUUUGUCCGUGAGAACUCGGUUCCCUCUCACGCGCGCCGUGCCUCCAGCUGCAAUCUCGAUGUCUCUACCAUUGACCGAUAUGGAUACCCAACCUAUCGCCAGAUGCCCUCCUACGUCCCCGUCGCCGCUCCUCAGCCCGACUAUGGCUUCCAGGUUUCCAACAGCUACAGCCCGCGUGCUCCUUCGCCCCUGAGCCUGGCUGCCACCCCGGAUCCCACUCCUUGCACCACGCUCCUCAACUUCCUCACCGCGUCCAACCCAGCUGCCUCUCUGGUACGCACCAUCUCAUUCCCUCUCCGUGAUGCCACCACGAAGCACUUUUGGUGGGACGUCCGCAACAUCCGCUCGUGGUCCUCGUUCAACGCCGCCUCGGUCCUUGCUCUUCCCGGUGCCUCGGCCCUCCUGACCACUCCCGUGGCUGCGCCCCUUCUCACCCAGCCGGGCUUCGCCUCCCGCCAUCCCGAGACCGAGGCCGCUCUCCACUCCAUCUACGCCUCGUACUACCUCCCCAAGCUCAACUCGGCUCUGGCACUCUCCUCCAACCGCCCUCUGCAGCUCUCCGUGCCCCCCAAGACCUCGGGCAUGAACGACCUCCUCUUCGUUGCUAACGCUGCCGGCGAGUCUACCACCGCCGCUGCCAUGUUCGGUGGUAAGCCCACGGCCCGCGUCGUCGGCCUCGUCCGCAGUUUCGACCGCUUCAACACUGGCAUGCGCGUCGAGGGCAACAUCAAGCGUGUUGAGUACCUCCGUGGCCUCUCCGCCAUCCACCACGCCAUGCGCGAGCACGGCUGCCGCUAUGGCUUCAUCCUCACUGAGAUCGAGCUGGUUCUCGUCCGCUGCGGCACUGAGGCCACCCCCUUUUUCGGCAACCUGGAUGUCACCUCCAUUCAACUCGCUGCCUCCGCUCCCGAGGGUGAUGCUUCCACUCAGCACACUUCCACCCCCCUGACCGCCUGUCUCGCCCUCUGGGGUCUCUGCCAGCUGGCUGGUGAUGAGACACUCGCCGGCAACCCGCUCUGGCGCGCUGACAUUGGAGCUCCCGCUGAGGGCACCCGCCGCAAGGCCCAGCCCCGCGACUCGUGGAUGCCCCAGCCCCAGCUCGCUGAGAAGCGCGAGGCCAAGCGAAGCCGCGGCUGGGUUUGGCCCGAGGAUGCCAUUGGCCGCAAGGAGCUCGGCAAGCGCGGUGUGCGAUACGGCGGUAUCUAA